AUGCAGGUCUUGAUCGUCGUUUUUCUUGCUGAGGUGACGUUCGGUCAGAUUCGGUACUCUCUUCCGGAGGAGAUGAGAAAGGGAUCCUUUGUCGGGAACGUGGCAGAGGAUUUGGGGAUUGACGCUAAGAGAAUGAAAUCAGGCGGUGCCCGAAUCGUGGACGGCGACAGUAAGUAUAUCGUGCUGGAUGUAGACAAAGGGAUUCUGGUCGUUGGAGAAAGGAUAGACAGGGAGCAGCUUUGCGGGAAAACGUCGCCCUGCAGUCUCAACUUCGAAAUGAUCAUGACAAAUCCAAUGCAGCUACACAGCAUCGUGGUGGAAAUCAUGGAUAUUAACGAUAACGCUCCAUCCUUUAAUGAAAAAGAAGUGAAAUUGGAGAUAUCGGAGUCGGCCCAACCGGGGAUACAGAUACUACAGGAAAGUGCGACAGACCCCGAUGUAGGCAUUAACGCUUUGCAGGGAUACACCUUGCACCCCACGGAUACUUUCAACAUCAAAACAGUCACUAAUCCCGACGGGGGUAAAUUUGUGGAGAUAUAUCUGCAUGCAAGUCUCGACCGAGAAAAAGUGGCCAGCCUUCCGCUGAUACUGAAUGCCGUCGACGGAGGAGAUCCGCCGCGAUCCGGCACCCUCAGACUACACAUAACCGUUCUGGAUGCCAACGAUAAUGUGCCGGUUUUUUCACAGCCACAUUUCAAAGCGUCUGUCUCGGAAAAUGCUCCCAUCGGUACCUUGGUAACAACCGUGAGCGCCACAGACGCCGACGAAGGCCCGUAUGGACUCGUCACUUAUCAUUUUAUGCGUGUGAGUAACACUGUUGCCGAGCUUUUCAAUCUAGACGAAAACACAGGCCAGAUUACGGUGAAUGGAGAUAUAGAUUAUGAAAAAACAAAGCACUACGAGCUCGGCAUACAGGCUAAGGAUCAGGGUGGGCAUAGUUCCUCCUCGAAAGUGGCUAUCGAUGUCGUCGACGUUAACGACAACGCACCCAUCAUAACUAUGACGUCAUUUUCCAGUUCCAUCUCUGAAGAUUCUAGUAGCGGAACUACGGUGGCUAUCAUAAACGUCAAAGACACAGACUCUGGCAAUAACGGCAGGGUGGCUUGUUCAAUUAACACCAAUAUCCCAUUUGCAAUACACUCGUCACUGAAAAACUACUACACACUCGUCACGGACGGCGUUCUGGACCGGGAGCGUACUCCGGAAUAUAACAUCACUUUCACGGCUGUAGAUGAGGGUAAACCGCCGCUGUCAUCUAAUAAGACAAUAACAAUCAAAGUGUCUGAUAUAAAUGAUAACGCUCCGAUGUUUGAAAAAAACUAUUACGAGGCCAAUAUUUUAGAGAAUAACUCGCCGGGGCUUUCUGUGCUAGCCGUGAAAGCUCAGGACUCCGACUCAGCACAGAACGCACGAAUAUCUUAUUUCCUCAUCGAUUCACAAUUUAACGGAAAUCCCACAACCUCUUACAUUUCUGUUGACGUAGAAAGUGGUGUCAUACGGGCAGUGGGGUCAUUCGAUUAUGAGCAAACUAAGGCGUUGGAAAUUUAUAUUAAAGCGCAGGAUGGAGGCUCUCCUCCACUCAGUAGUAACGUGACUGUGAAAAUAAUGAUCCGCGACCAGAACGACAACGCCCCUCAGGUUCUGUACCCAGUCCAGACCAGCAGUUCUCUGGUGGCUGAAAUGGUGCCUCGCUCAGCAGAUGUGGGCUAUCUGGUGACUAAAGUUGUGGCUGUUGAUGUGGACUCUGGACAGAAUGCCUGGCUCUCCUAUAAGCUGCAGAAAGCCACAGACAGGGCGCUGUUUGAAGUGGGCUUACAGAAUGGGGAAAUAAGGACUAUCCGCCAAGUCACUGAUAAAGAUGCUGUGAAACAAAGGCUGACUGUUGUAGUGGAGGACAACGGGCAGCCCUCUCGUUCAGCUACAGUCAAUGUUAACGUGGCGGUGGCGGACAGCUUCCCUGAAGUGCUCUCGGAGUUCACUGACUUUACGCACGACAAGGAGUACAAUGACAACCUGACUUUUUACUUAGUCUUGGCUUUGGCUGUAGUGUCCUUUCUCUUCAUCACCUGCUUAGUGGUCAUCAUAUCAGUGAAGAUAUACAGAUGGAGGCAGUCUCGCAUCCUCUAUCAUUCCAGUCUGCCGGUGAUUCCCUAUUAUCCACCACGUUACUCAGACACUUUGGGGACAGGGACUCUCCAACACGUAUACAAUUACGAGGUGUGCAGGACGACUGACUCCAGAAAGAGUGACUGUAAGUUCGGCAGAGCCGGUAGUCAGAACGUGCUGAUAAUGGACCCCAGUUGUACAGGGACGAUGCAGCGGAUCCAGAAUGAAAAGAACAUCCUGGAUGAACCAGACUCUCCUCUAGAGGUGAGUUAA